GCUAAUUCUCAUUACAGCAUUAACCUCUUAAUCUUAUUUUUGACCUUCUAAUCAAGAGUUAGACACUAGAGACCCGAAUUUUACGUAGUAGUUAAUUAACUUAAACACACAGAGAAGACACACACACAUUGUUCAAAAAUUACAACAAAAAUGAAAGUUUACGUAUUAUUUAUAAUAUGUGCAAUUACUUUGCUUCAAUUUGCUGCAUCUGAUCGCGCAUCUGACAUGAAAGCCAGAAUAGAUCAACUUAAUAGGCAGAAUCAACAAGGAUCCUAUGGCAAUCAACCGACUACAAAUAAAUAUGGACAAAAUGGUUCAUAUAAUAAUGGAUACAAUAAUGGCCAACGUUAUCCUAACAGUAACCAAAUUGGACAGGUGAAUCGCAAUGCUUCCAGGGACCUGUACCCCAAUCUACCACAAAAUAAUAACGGAAAUCCCAAUUGGGCAAAUCCUAACUACAAUCCAAAUGGAGGUAGCUAUGGUAAUAAUAAUAACAAUAACAAUAACAGGUAUCCUGCUACUGGUUACAAUAACGGCCAGUCAAACCCCAAUGAUCCGUAUAACAGAAAUAAUGGAUAUAACUCCAACCAAAACCAACCCGGAUCUCAAGGAUACAAUUCAGGAAGCAAUGGAUACAACUCCGGAACUAAAUAUCCCUAUAAUCAAGGUCAAAAUGGUGCAAACCAAGGAUAUCACAACUCUGGAAGUCCAGGAUAUCCUAUCACUGGAAGUAUGGGUUAUCCCAAUACUGGAAGCCAAGGCUACCCCAACACCGGAAGCCAAGGUUACCAAAACACUGGAAGCCAAGGUUACCACAACACUGGAAGUCCAGGUUACUCAAACACGGGAAGUCAAGGUUACCCCAUCACUGGAAGCCAAGGUUACCCCAAUACAGGUUACAAUCAAGGCAAUCAAGGUUAUCCUAACUCAUACAAUUCUGGUAAUCAGGGGUCCAGAUAUUAAUUAAAUACUUAAUAUAAUACAUACAGAGAAGGUUUAUAUUUAAAAUAGGAUUAUUAAAAAUAAAUAUUUAUUCAAAAUAUA